UGGAUGAAUGCUAAAGAACUACAGAGCCACAAAUAAUAGCAAAAGCAGAGUCCAUUUCUCUCAACUCUUCUCUUACAGUACUUUUCGACCUCGUAUAGUAAUCCACAAUUAUGCAGAUUGUGCUUGAUGCAGUUUUAUUGCGUUAUCUCUCCACCGCGAACCCGUUGAUGAUUUAAAAGCACAAGUCUUCACAGCACAUCUUUCAUAAAGUCAUCUAUAAUUGAACGAAAGGCCGUACGUGGAAAUGUCUGGCAGAAUGUGCAUUUGAGAUUUUUUUUAUUGCAACUGAUCGCGGUGAAUUUAUUACGGAUGGUAAAAGUCGAAGCACGUGAAGCUAUGUCUUUUUCACAGUUUGGAUAUCCUUACAACGCAACUUCACAGUUUUUCGUGUCGGCAAACCCCAGUACGACUUGCUGCGAUUCGAUUUCCAGGUCGGUGUCUGAUGGCUCCGGUGCUUCCGAGACAGCCGCCGCGUUUUGUUACCCGCCUUACGGGAAGCGCAUGUUGGCCGGCACACGGACAGAGCUGAACGCGGCUCUCGGCAUGUACAGCUCUCCCUACGCAGCCUCAGCUACUGCCAGCCAGAGCUAUGCAAACUACCUCCAGUACAGCGCCGACCCUUCCGCUUUCUAUUCUCCACUGAACUCUCAGUACGAUAUCAAGGACAGUGCUGGCAGUUUGCACAACAGGAUCUCCCAGCCAGGUGCCUACUACCCCUAUGAUCCCAUGCUUGGGCAGUACCAGUAUGACAGGUACGGGGCUGUUGAUUUUAAUGGGUCGGCUCGGAGAAAGAAUGCCACACGGGAGACGACCAGCACCCUUAAGACAUGGCUUAACGAGCACCACAAAAACCCGUACCCCACAAAGAGCGAGAAAAUCAUGCUGGCCAUCAUCACCAAAAUGACCCUGACUCAAGUGUCCACCUGGUUCGCCAACGCCAGGAGAAGGCUAAAGAAGGAGAACAAAAUGACCUGGUUGGCUAAGAAUAAACCAGGGGAUGCUGGGAAAGACGACGUGCAGAAGAUUGGCAACAACUGUGCUGGCGAAGCUUCAAAAGACUCAAAGGACAAGGAGCUUCCACUAAGUGAUGAGGAUGAUGUGGAUGAUGAGGGAUGUGGUAAGGGAGAUGAUGACUGCCAGGCCUCAGACGAAGAGCGGGGCCUGCGGCACGCAGUCGCCAGGGAGCCACCAGAGAGGGACUGUAGCGGCAUGCUUGGUCUUCCCAGCCACCUUGGCAUGUUUGCAUGUAGUGAAAAACACAUGGCUGCAGCAGACUUCAUGAGGUCCGUGGAGGUCAAGACUCCGGCAGGAGUUGGAUCCAUCUCCACAGACCCGCCGCAUUUCCAGACGUCGGAAAAACCCAGAAUCUGGUCGCUGGCUCACACGGCUGCCAGCGGCACCCUCCGAAGCCCUCACCCCAGCAAGGAGCUGAGCACCAGCAACGUGGCAGUCAACUGCUCACCACAACCAGCCAUGGUCCCAGUAACCAGAGGAGGCCAGUGUGCCGAACUUAAGGGUCAGCAGGAGUUGCCAAAUGCACAGUCACACAAAAAAGGUCACGGCACUGCCUUCAACCAGAAACCCCCACAGCUGCACUGUGCUUCCUACCCCAUGCUCUCGGACCACUUUGUGUCCGCUGAAGGUUUUUCUUGUGGAGGGUCAGCUGAGGCUGUGCUACCGGAAAUGCACCAGACAUGCCUAUUGCCUCAGGAAGACCCAACCAUUGCUUUCAGACCGGUGAUGAAGAGGAAAGAGCACCAGAUGCAAUUCAGUGAUGCACUAAUGACACCAGACAAAAAGGACGUAAACUUCACAAACUGUCCUGCUAGCUGUGGAGUAUUUCAAUUCCCUAAACAAGGAGUUCAGUUUAAGCUGCGGAUGUAGUCGUACUUACUUCACAAUAUUGUUUUUAACAGUUUCAACUGUAUGCAAAACCUAGAGACAUACAUAUCCACACUGUCACAUGUAUACACAUCCGGGAGUUCUAUUUAUUUACUUAUUGUUUGUUUGUUUUUUAACUAGUAUUUAUUAAAUAUUUCAUAAAGUAGCUCUCGUAUCAAGACUUUUAUUUUACAUUCUGUUUAAAAGUUGAUUUUAAAGGGAUACUCGAUGGUUGAGUUUAAGACGUUUAUUUUGCCUAAUUUAGUUUGCUCAACAUACGACGGAAUAAAGGGCCGUGUAGCCCUCUGUAUCGUCCAUCAAUAAGAAAUAAA